AUUUCAAUUUUCAUAAUAUUUACAAAUUAACAUAACGAAAACAAAACAAAAACCAAAAGUUCUGCAAAUACUACAAUUAUUUGUAUUUAAUCUUAAAGCAAUUUAUGUAGCUGUAAAUAUACAUUUUCAUAACCAGGUAGAAUCGAUAAUUUUAUUUUACGCAUUGGGUAACUGAAAGAAUCACAACAUAACCUAUACCUAAUUUUCCUUCGGUGUUUCUAAUAAAAAGUUAAUAUAACAUACGUAAAUUCUGCUUAGCAAAUGCUUGCUGUUUUAUUAUUAAACCGUAUGAGUAGUAGGCAUCUGGAUUCCCGCGCCUAUAGAAAAGAACGAAAAAUGAAAAAAGAAAAAAAAUCAACUAAUGAUAUACUUGAAAUGUGCAGGACGUGUUUAAGCACUGUUGAUUUAAUGUCUAUCUUCUAUAAUAAAGAAACAGAGAGAAGAAGAACGGAGGAUUUGAGGAUACUUACUGGAUUAGAGAUAAAAAUGGAUGAUGGUCUGCCUCAGAAAAUAUGUGCACAGUGUAUAGAAAUAAUGAAUAUAUCCCUACAGUUCAGAAUCAAGAGUAUAAAUGCACAGAAGAAAUUAUUAAGUAUGCUGCCUAUAAAGAAAUCGCCCAUGAUUGUUAGAAGUACACCAGCAGAGGAUGUAGCUGAGGGUAUAGGGUUUGAUUAUGGGUUGUAUCAUAAUGAAAUGCACAAUGAUCAUAACUAUGUGAAAGUUAAUAAGCAGGGACUCAUUGAAAAGUUUCUCAAGAAGUCGAAACAGAUGUACCCAACUGUAAUAUCUGAGAAUGGGAGGUAUAAAUGUAACAUGUGCGAGAAGGAGUACAAGAGUAAAUACACGCUGCGCGCGCACAUACACAGCCAUACAAACUAUUGUGUUUGUGAGGUAUGCGGCAGGAAGUUCCUCAACGAGCACCUGUUAGUAGCUCACAAGCGCGCCCGGCACGGCCUCGAGCGGGUGCACCUGUGUACAUACUGUGACUAUAGCUCCGCCACUAGGGAAGCCUUAGUGGUACAUGAGCGGAGGCAUACUGGCGAGAAGCCAUACAUGUGUGACCACUGCGGCCUGGCCUUCCAUCGCAGGUCCAACCUCAUACAACAUCUACCCAUACACCUUCCAGAGAGCAACUUCCAGUGUUCCAUCUGCCACAAGCGGGAGAAGUCGAAGCGUCUGCUCCAGCAUCACCAUUUCAAGGUGCACAGGCAGAAGCGCUACAGAUACCUCUGCCCUGUCUGCCAGGAUGUGUUCAGGAGUCCAGGAACAGUUCGGCAGCACCUGACCAGAAGUCACGGGGUCGCCAGGCACGAGCAGGGAGUCAUAGACAAGAUUCUGGUUAGUCAUAUGAAUGAUAAUGUUUUUCUUUUUUAUUUUCUCUUUUAUUUCUUAUUUUUCCUUUCUCUAUCCACCCAAAGGUAGUCUGGAAGAGAUUUCUUAGCGAUAAAACCGACUUUUGUAUCAGAUUAUAUAUAUUUACUAUUUUAAUGUAACUGUACGCCGGAGAAGGCUCCUCUGAAAUCGCACGGUCCGAGAUCACCUAUUGUUAUUUGAAAGAACGUUUAUUCAAAAGAGCAACACGCAAGUAGCUUGUUUAUUCUUCUUGUGAUGAA